GGCGAUUUUAACAUGGGGCUCUAUGGGGAUUUGCUCAUUUCUGGAGCCAGGCUCAAGCAGGCAUUUAGUGAACUGCAGUUUAUAGCACUUACGCAUAGUCUUCAUUUCUUAGCCUCAGAGUUGGCCCUUGGAUGAAACCAGUGCAAGUGGCAGGUACCAACUGGCUCAUCAUAUGAAGAUCAGUAAUGCAUUUGUCUCCCACGGCCUAGUGCGCCUCGUAGUUGACUCCCUCUUCUCCUCGCUCGACUGCUAGUCGAAGCAGCCGUGGGUGUGAACGCCUCUUUGUCCUGGUACUUCAUUGUACCAGUCAUAAUAAUGUUAUAAAACAGAGAUAAAAAGCGUCAAUCAUCCUGCAAAGCAACAAAUGAUGUAUGUGAAGAUAAAGCUGUUCAUUUACAGGCCUACCAUGCAGAGGUGUGGACUCGAGUCACAUGACUUGGACUCGAGUCAGACUCGAGUCAUGAAUUCGAUGACUUUGGACUCGACUUGACAAAAUGUAAAGAGACUUGCAACUCGUUUUGGACUUCAACAUCAAUGACUCGUGACUUCACUUGGACUUGAGCCUUUUGCCUUGGCAAGACUUGCUACUUUCCCCAAAACCCAAAGAUUAAAAAGUAUGUUAUUAAGGACAGCUCUGUAUCUUUCAUUGUGCAUAUGUGUGUGUGUCUGUGCGUGUAUGUGCUGUCAGCACAACAUCCAAUCAAAUUAGACCAACGUUGUUUUGAUCCAACAGCAUCCAUCCAAUCAAAUUGCAGGACAACCAACGAAGAAGAACUGUCAAACAAUGCGCCAGUUGGAAAAAAAUGAUACCAAAGAUAGCUUCGUUCUGGCUAUAAAAACUAUGAGGUGGUCAGCAAAAAACGAAUUGCAGUAUGCAAAACAUGUGGGUCGAAGAUCACAGACGGAGACGCAACAACUUCCAACUUCGUUCGACAUUUGAGGUUGCACAAAGAACGGUAAGUUUUGAAUGUAAGCUAACGUUAUUGGCUAAGUAACUUUUCUUUGCUGUGUAGUUAAAUCAAUGAGGCUGUAAACUCACUGUUAACGUUACAUUGCAAACACGGUAAUCUGUUGCGUCCAAUGCGAGUUCACUCCCUUAUUCAUACUUUUGUCAAGUGAUUUUUUUAAGCAGGGUUGUAUGAGGUACAUAACGUAAGUCAAUGUAUCACACACAGUAGACGGUGGUCAGCAGCAACCAUAUUUUAGCCACUUAAAAAGACAAAUCUAAUAAAAUCAAGGUCAGUUUAAAUGUACACUAUAUUAAGAAUAUGUGAACCGUUUUAGCUUGCUGUCAGGCUGACUUUUCCGACAGGAAAACAAAGUUGUACUGCUCGCUGUUCUCACUCUCCAGCAAACCAGAGUCCAUUGACAAAAACAGCAAAUUUACCUCGCAACACACGUGAGUUGCUGGUCUACGUGCUGCAAGGUCAAAUUGCUGGUGGACUGGAGACAGUGAAUUAACAAGCAAUAUAACUAGUUUCUUGACAGAAUGGGCUGUCUUGACGGCAAGGUAAAGCAAUGAAAAUAUUCUUUAUAUGGCUUACACUUAAACUACAUCGAUUUUAUUAAGUUUGCCUCUUUUAGGUGGCUUAAAUAGGUUUAGCUGCUGACCUCGUCCACAGCAAUGUAAAGCCUAAGUCGUCUGCUGGUAGCCUGUCUGCUUCUCUGUAUUGUGAGUAUGUUGACUGCCAUCUUCUGUGCGUAGUCCCUCAUACAACCCCACUUCACAAAUCCCGAAUUAUCCCUUCAACCCGAAAUAAGUUUUACAAUACAUGACCAGUGCUGCAAUCUGCUACAGCAGCAACUGUAAAAACACACACACACGUUAUACUAUUCAUAACACAAUGUUAAGAUUGAUAUUAAUAAUAUGAGUAAUAAAGAGUAGUUUCAAUACAAUUCAUUUGUGGCUAUAAGGGAUUUUCUGACAUCUGUUUAAACUGCUUACCUCUUACAGAUUUGAUGAAUACCAAAUGAACAAAAGCAUCACAAAUGAACCACAACAGCCUUCAAUCUCGCAAUUCUUGGACAAUCGUGUCGGGCAUUACAGCAUGAGUCAUCCACAGCAGAAAGCUAUCACCAAUGCAAUACUGUCCGACUUGAUUAUUGAUUGCAACUUGCCCCUGUCUAUUGUGGAAAACAAGAGUUUUCUGCACUUUCUGACAGUACUCGGCAGCAAGUACAGCCCAGUGUGACGCAGAACACUGACAUCGAAGACAGAGAACGUCGCGCCUGUGAGCGCUUCAAAGGCUCACACACAGCUGAAAGAAUCUGUGACCAAUUUGAGGCAAUAUGUGAUGAAUACAACAUUAAAGAUAAACUGGACUACAUUAUUAGUGACAAUGCUUCUAACAUGCGAAAAGCAUUCACUGUGUGCUUCCCCAGUGAAGAAGAGGAUGAUGAUGACAGAGAUCAUCUUGAUGACCCUGAGCUCUGGUGUGACUUAACCCUGGAAGAUCAGCAAACAGUAGAUGUUGCUAUGGCAAAGAAACAGCGCUGGCAGUGUUUUGCGCAAACUCUUCAGCUGGUGGUGGGAGACGGUUUGAAAGAAACAAAAGUGGUAUCUCCUUCUCUUUCAAAGUUAUCAAAACUCAGCUCACUGCUGCACACAAGCACAAUAUUCAAAGAUGUGUUUGAUGCUGAAUGUGGGGAACAGAAAGGCAUCCCUGCUGCAGUCAACACAAGAUGGAACUCAACACUGAGGCAAGUGAAGGCAGUUCUCCAGUGCAAUCAUCUAAAGCUCUGUGCUGUUCUAGAAAAGGCGGGGCACAGGGAGUUGUCAUUCACAACACGGGAGUGGAAUCUGUUGAAGGAGUUGGUGGACAUCUUGAAGCCAUUUGGAGAAGCAACUGAUUUGACACAGGGGGAUAAGGUCAUCACAAUCAGUGCUGUUGUUCCAUCCAUCUUGCCCCUCAACCACCACCUUGAGAAGCUGAAGCCUCAAGUCUGUUUCCUGAGCGGCCUGGUCAGAAGUCUCCAGGCAUCCCUUUCUUGGAAUCUUCAUCAACGUGAAAAUGGCCAGGACACAACUGCCCCCUUUUCAGAUCCAGUCUACUUCAAAGCAGCUGCCUUGGAUCCAGCAUUUUCUCUGUUGUGGUUGGAGCCCCAUGUGCUGGUCAAUCGUGACGUCAAGGCAGAGGUGGCACAACAAGUUAAAGAACUGAUCCUGCAAGAUGCUGCAGAGAGUGAGCAACCUAUGCCUCUUGUUGAUGAAGAAGAGCAAGAGGACCUUAGAGAAGGAGAAGGGCUGUUUGCUGCAUAUCAUAAGAGGCAGAAGAAGGAUGUUGGGACAACACCAGCACUACAGCUAAGUCACUACCUUGACAUAGCCGAAGGACAGAACGCCCUUUUGUUCUGGGCAUUGAACAUGAAGACUCUUCCUUCACUAUUCCGAGUGGACAUUAGAGUCUUGGCAGUGCAUGCCUCCAGUGCUUCAGUGGAGCGAGUUUUCAGCCAUGGUGGCAUCAUACUACGUCCCCAUCGUGCACAAAUGACUGACAGACUUUUGGCCAAUUUGGUCUUUUGCAAAUGCAAUGCAGCAUAGGGCCCUGACAUAUAAAAGAACAACCCUGUUCAUUGUUAUGUUCAUGUAUUUGUAAUGUUUCACACAUGUACAUACACCCACACACAUACAGACAGACAAUAUGAGAUCAGAUAAGUUCAGGACAGAAGCUGCUGUGGAACUAGUUAAAAUGCAAUAUGCCAUGGAACUACAAUGUUAGCACUUUUGUACAAAUAAUUACAGUUCUACUUUUUCAAAUGUGUUUAUUCUGUAAAGGAGUGGUUUAAAAUGAAGAAUAUUCUUGCAAAAUAUGAGUUAAAUGUUAAAAAUGACUGGGUAAUAGUGCAAUUAAGAAGUGCAAUGUCAGCACUAUUUUUUUCUGCAAUUUCAAUUGCACUUGUUUUAAUAAAUAAAUACAGAUUUUAAAAGCAUACAUGAUCUGGGUAAAUAUAUUAUUACUCUUUGGUUAAAAGGACUCGAAAGGACUCGAAACUCAAACUGCAGGACUUGGGACUUGACUUGAGACUUGAGGGCAAAGACUUGAGACUUACUUAUGACAAAACAAUGACUUGGUCCCACCUCUGCUACCAUGUAACACUCUGUAAUAGCUAAUAUGAUAGCUAACGCUGCGUACGUAAACAAGCUAAUAUAAACUGAUUCACAGUGGCCUACGUUCAAAAACACUGAUGAUGUUGUUUUCACAAAAAGUCACAGGUAAUAAUGUAAGGCAACGGUGACUAAAAAACAUGUUAUAGUCUAGCAAUGUCGACAGUAGUCCAUGUUAGCUUCAGGUUAGCUUGGGUGGGAAUGUCAUGUUACGUACGUUGCCUGGCUUCAGUUGCCACGGUAGCCUGCGGGGGCACAGCUAGCUGUAGGAGCUGUGGAGGCAGAACCGAAGUGCAGCAGAGAGGUAGGGGGAGGUAGCAGGAGUCAUUGGAUUUUGAAUUUUGAGACUAUGUCCAGACUUCUCUCAAUCCUACAGAUUGCAGUUUUAACUUCAACAGCAAUGGUGGAUCUUCAUAAUGAUAAUUUCAAAGUCAUAUUGUAACUGUUUAUAAUUUAGAAAGUUCAUCUAAAUUCUUGCAUUCAAUGUCUCCCCCACUGCUGACUGUGUGUGUGUGUGUGUGUGUGUCAGCCUGUUUCAUUAUUACUAUUUUAUAAAGUAUAUAGCAUUUUACUUAUUUAAUUUGUGUUCAUAGCAGAGCAUUUGUCAGCUUAAAUCAAUAUAUUUCCUUGAAGGCUUCUGUUAUUAUUUAUUUGUUUAUCUAUUUAAUUUAUAAAUUGAUCAGAUUCUUUUAUUGUCUCAAUCAACUUUGUAGGUUGCCACUAUGUGGUUUUACAUAUGCAGAGUAUUUUGAACAGCUGUGGUCAGAGCCGGCCCUGAGCAUAGGCUGUAUAGGCGAAUGCUAAGGGCGCCGUCAUCCAUGGGGGUCGCCACAAACAUGAAGUGGGCGUGGUCUUCCUGAGUUCCUCGCUGGGCUGCACACCGGUUCCUGAUCAAGCUCGUUAUCUCCUGCAUUAAAGCUGUGACUCGUCACCAGAUUGUUUUGUUUCGACCGUGGUUUAACACUCGGACAGUUUCUUCUAUGACUUUUUUCAGAUCUUGUUCAGUGAUUUUACCGAAGCUGAUUUUACCUUCUCUGAUUAUUUUGCUCAGUUUCUGAGGCAGGCAGUGCCAGGUGUAAGCAGGCAGUCUGUUGUAUUGGAAUCCUGUCCAUGAGGCCAGUUGAAAAGGAAUGAUUGAUGGAGUGGAUGCUGUUUCAGGAAGACGGAAACCGUGGCUGAAUGAAACAGAAGUAUUUAUUAUAAGAGCUCAAUUUUGAGGAGACUUCCGGUUCGCUACACAGAUCAACAGGUUCACAGUGUAUCGCAUCCCAUGACAGUCUGCUUAUCUCCGGUCUCUGUAGUUGUAUUUAGCUCUGUCAGAGUAAUGUCGUCAUCUCACGGCGACUAUUGACACCCCGAGACAGCCUUCUACCCACAGAUUCCCAUAAAUAAGAUGACCUUGCUUGGUGUAUGAGAAAACUCUUUAGACAGCUUCCUAGGAGAGGACAGAAAUUUCUCAACAGAGACGACACCUGGCAAUAACCUGAAGGAAAUUGCACUAUAUUUAUUGAAUAAAUACACACAGAAUCUCAAACUAAAUGGUGUUUUAUUGUCAUUAGAUAUAACAUGAUGUUAAUAAACGUUAUCAUCAUCAUGAUUAUGAGUGUCUCUUAUUGGCAGUACAGUGUUUUUCUUUGACAAUGGGCACUGAAAAACAAAAAAAACAUAAAAGGUUACAUUAAUUUGCAUCUCUGACAUCCUGACAGCAACUUUUAUCUACCACACCACAGUGGCUGUUAUGAGUGUUGUUGCAACAUGUUGAAAUGAAUCAUGUUCCCUCUCUUCU